GAGAAAAGCAGCAUUUCCUCUCCAUACACAACAGGAACUCCAUGUGGUGGAAAAGCACAAUAAUUUGACACCAAAAAUUUUCCUCCAAAAUCUUGUUCUUUGAGUGAACGUUUGAUUAGAACAAAAAGAAAAAGAAUAAGACAGAGGAAAAAUGGCUCAAUUUGGGACAACACAGAAAUGCAAGGCCUGCGACAAAACUGUGCAUUUCGUCGAGAUGAUGUCCGCCGAUGGAGUCCCUUAUCACAAGUCUUGCUUCAAAUGUAGCCAUUGCAACGGACGUCUUGCGAUGAGCAACUACUCUGCUAUGGAUGGACAACUAUACUGCAAGCCUCACUUUGAACAGCUCUUCAAAGAGAGUGCUGGCUUCACUUCUAAGAAGUUCCAACCACCGAAGCAAGGAGAAACGAAUAAGAAUGCCAGUAAAGUCUCCUCAUUCUUUUCUGGCACCCAAGACAAAUGUGCUGUCUGCGCCAAGACAGUCUACCCACUGGAGAAGGUAACAAUGGAGGGUGAAUUCUACCACAAGUCAUGCUUCAAGUGCGCUCACGGAGGUUGCCUCCUUACAACCUCGUCGUACGCUGCAUUGGACGGGAUCCUCUACUGCAAGCCCCAUUUUGCUCAGCUCUUCAAGGAGAAGGGCAGCUACAAUCAUCUCACCACCACUGCUAACAGCAGGAAGAAUAGUGCUGAGGCGAUCGAUUUGGACACGACGACGGCCGACGACUCUCCACAACCACCCACCACGCCCGUCGAGCUUGCACAAGAGACAUAGAUGUUUCUUGCAGAUGGAAUCCUCAACGUUAAAUUUUCCUUUAUGCUAAAAUUAAAUUUUUUUACAUAGUUUUACAGGUGUUCCAUAAGAUAAUAAAAUUGUUGUUUUAUUUACU